UGAUACAUGCUGGUAUUAGACACGAGUGAAACACAGUGAAACGUUACUUUGUUCUAGUUUUCGACUUUCAUUUGCUUUGCAUUGCUUAUUUGUCGGUGGACUUCUGGUGAAAGUAACAGUUUUCGUUAAAACAAUGAAACUGUUAACGUUAGCGAUAUUUGCUGUUAGUUUUCUACUGGUUUCGGGUGAAAAGGCACGAUUUGAUGAUCACCGAGUCUAUUCGCUGAAAAUCCAAAAUGAAAAGCAGCUCGAGGCCCUGCAAGACUUAGAAAACUCCCAAAGCGGCAUGUUCUAUUUGGAAGCACCGAUUUCGAUCCACAAAUUAGCUGAAAUCAUCGUUCCACCACACAAAUUUGCGGACAUGACGGAACUUUUCGACAAACUGGAAAUCGAAAAUAGAAUCACGGUUAAUAAUUUGCAAAAGUUGAUCGACGAAGAGCAGCCAAAAUUGUCGUCACGCACAACAUUUGGAUGGGACAAAUACUACGAUUUACCUGCUAUUUAUAAUUGGCUUGACGAGAUUUUGCAAGAGUACCCAGACAUUUUAACAAACUACGAUGUUGGAACAUCAUAUGAGAAUCGAACUAUUCGUGCCGUGAAAUUGUCAAAGAAAAAGAAUAAUGCAACAAUCUUCAUUGAAUCAACUAUACAUGCUCGCGAGUGGAUCACCGUCGCCACUACCACUUAUAUUUUAAACGAGUUUUUGACCUCAAAUGAUCCAGAAGUGCAAGCACUGGCUGAAAAUUACGACUGGAUCAUUGUUCCAGUGUUAAAUGUAGAUGGGUACUCAUUCACCCAUUCGAAUAAUCGAAUGUGGAGAAAAACUCGUCAACCAUAUGGCUCAGGAUGUGUUGGAGCUGAUCCGAACCGAAACUGGGACUUCCAUCACAAUGACGUUGGAUCAUCAUCAAACCCAUGCUCGGAGAUUUAUGCGGGACCAAAACCAUUCUCGGAACCAGAAGCACUAGCUUUAUCCAAGUUUGUAGAGUCAAUUGGCAAAGUUAAUCUGUACAUUUCAUUCCACUCGUACAGUCAAUUGCUUAUGUUCCCAUAUGGACACACAACCGAUCCAGCACCGAAUCACGAUGACAUGUUGCAAAUUGGUGAACAAACAGUUGACGCAAUUUCAGAACGAUAUGGAACUGAUUAUGAAACCGGCGAUAUUGCAAGCACAAUAUAUUUGGCGUCAGGCAGUAGCAUUGAUUGGGCUUAUGGAGUAGCGAAAGUACCGAUUACAUAUACCUUCGAAUUCCGUGACAAAGGUAAAAAUGGAUUCAUUUUGCCCGCAGAUCAAAUUAUUCCCAAUUCUGAGGAAGUGCUUGAUGGUCUCAUAGCAAUGGCGAAAGAAGCAAAGGAACUCAAUUAUUUGUAAACAAAACGAAACGCGCGCGAUGAUUGUAAUAACAGUCAAGCUGUUAUAUGCUCAAUGUAUGUCACAAGUUUGAUAAUGUGUAUACAAGUGGUUGCGAUUUGAAUAAAAAUAAAAGCAAUGAAAACGCGCAGUGUUUUUGUUUCGAUAUAAAAG